GAUCACCAGCGUUUGAUGUUUUCAAGUGUGAUUGUGACGCAGACUGAAAUUGACUGGGACAAUAUUGUGGCUAACACAGAGACGUGGCUGCAAGGGGUCAGGACUAGGAACCGAAUAUUCAACAAUACACAUCUUAUUCCCCUCGCAGACAUGGCCCACGUCUUGCUAGGCAAUGUGUGCAUCGUGACGGGAGCCUCCCGGGGCAUUGGCAGGGGCAUCGCGCUGCAGCUGUCGGAGGCUGGAGCUACCGUCUACAUCACCGGGCGCAACAUGGACACGCUGAAGGCGACGGCAAAGGAGGUGGAGGGACGGGGAGGUCGAUGUGUCCCCGUGGUGUGUGACUCCUCCAGCGAGGAACAGGUCCGCUCGCUCUUCAGUCAGGUCAAGCAGGCGCAUGGUGGGCGGCUGGACAUUCUGGUCAAUAACGCUUACGGAGGGGUCCAG